AUGUCCCGUCUUCGCGACCCAGCGGAAUAUGUAUCGAAAGCAAAGCAUAGAUGGGCCGGUCACAUCAUGAGAAGAAUCGACGAUAGAUGGACUAAAAGAACGCUAGAGUGGAUCCCAAGGGACGCUAAACGCCCCCGAGGGAGACCGCCAACGAGAUGGAGUGACGUAUUCGCUGCACGGAUGGACCAGCUGAGAGCUCAGCUGGAUACGGCUCAAGGACCUCGUCAACGUCACUCACGAAGCUUGAGAACAUCUUGGAUGACAAUGGCGAGGGAACGAAACGAGUGGAAGAGAUGCUGGGGCCCGCACAAGACAUCAAAAAUAGGAGUGAGGACACAACUCCAUGUUGAGCAGCGCCAGUUACAGAAAGGUAACGCCCGCGUGGCGCUAGCAAGUGCUAGUCAAGGGCGAGCUACCCAUUCGAGUUCAAACCCCGAUAUCGCGUUAUGGUGGGUCCAGCCAUUGACGGAUUCAGAGGAAAAUCUCGAAUCUCUGACCGCUAGCGAAGAUGACUCAUCGCUCGCGUACAACAAAGACUGCCGCAGACGUCUAGAAGAAGCGAUAGGCGCGAUAGAAGCCUGCACUUCUGGAAUUACGCAACUUUUGAGAGAAUACGCUUCCAUGCUACAUUCUCUAAAGAACCCGUCUAAAGAAGACUAUGACGAUUAUGACGAGUAUGCUACAAGAGUAGAAGAGGUUCUUUCAUCUGCACUUGAUUAUCUCGUUCUAAUAGAAGCUUGUUCGCGUUCCUUUUUGUCCUGUAGUAUUGGAAACGCACGCGGGCCCGCAAAUAGUUCAUUCGAGUCCGCGUCAGACGCCGAGUUAAGGACAAGAAAGCUCGAGCUCCCCACUUUACCAGUACCCACGUUCAGCGGUAACAUAUGGGAGUGGGAUAAUUUUUGGUCUCUAUUCGAUGCUAACAUUCAUUCUCAGCCUCUGUCUGGGUUGUUCAAGUUCAACUGCUUGUUAAAUGCGCUUAAAGGGGAUGCGCACGCUGUAGUUAACAAGUUUCAAGUAAGCCUAGAAAACUAUGAAAAGGCGCUCAAAUUUUUGAAAGCCAAAUAUGGAAAUUCUGAAGAGCUUGUCAACCGACUUAUCGACAGAAUCGAUCGAAUGAGUUUGCGUUCGACUUCGCUUAGAGAUCAGAGAACCCUUUUCGAGGAAUUGCAAGUGAUUGUAUCCCAGUUGCGUCAAAAAGGUGAACAUGUCGGCAGUCAGUGGCUCCAGAAGCAAGUACUGUCAAAGUUCCCAGAGCAACUUCAACGCAAAGUUUUGGAGAAAAAACAUGCGAUGACUCCAGAUGCUUCCUUCUCAAUGGACACACUUCUGAAAUUUUUGGAAGAUGUCAUUUCGAGUGAGGAAAUGGAUGAGCAAUCUUUUGCUAAGCAGGGACCAACUUCAACUUCCCCAGCAAAGAAAACUAGCGCGUCAAAAGAUCUACAGAAGGUCAAAGCUACCACCAACAUCAACCAUCUUAGCGCUCCUCAAGACGACCAGGAUACUACGAUUUGUGAACUUCAGUCUGCACAGAAAUAUCAAGACAACGUUGGAACAUUCCUACCGACGGGAGAGUUGACCGUAAUGGAUCCCAUGUCUAAGAAACUUAAGGAGGUUGCGGUUUUACUUGAUACAGGAGCAGAGCUCUCCUUUAUAGAUAAUUCACUCGCGGAAGAGCUAGGUCUGCCCACGCUAGAGGAGACUACAUUGCGGUUACCCACCUUCGGCUCAGAGCAAAUUCAAGAAGAACUCUGCCGAAAGGUACCGCUGGAAACAUGGGACAAAGAAGGGAAUCCGAUUUCUCUUCAAUUGCUUACGCAUAGAAUAUUGACGAAAUCAUUGGUACCUCCACCAGUGUUGAAGGAAGACUUGGAAUACAUCAGGAGGAUGAAUCUUCCUAUAAGACUCAAUGAACGUCAACUGCGCAUCAAGCCUUUGAUAUUAUUAGGCUGCGAUCAACUUUGGUCUCUGAUUCGCGUAGACCAAUCUCAGUUGACUUUGCCACUAGGUCUUCAUUUACUUCCUACGCGUUUGGGACAUUUACUCACUUGCCAUUUACAAUCGGCACUCAAUACUGUCCAGGUUUGUCACCAAAACAGGAAAGUACAGGGAUGGACUGAAUGUUGGUCGCUAGACGCACGAGUAAACGUUAUAUCCACGAAUGCUUCCUCCGACAUUGUGGACGAAAAAGAGUUGUGGGCACGAUAUUGGUCACUAGAAGCAGCUGGAACAGAAAAGUUCACUGAAUCUGAGAAGAGUGUGCAAUCGGAGCAGUUACAUCAGAAUAUCGUUGAAGAAGUCGAGGAUGAAGGGAAAACCUUUGGUGACCACAUCCACUACAUUCCACAGGCAGUUCUUACUCCUUACAAAGCAACAACAAAGUUAAGAAUUGUCUUUGACGCGUCAGCUCACCACAGAGAUUGCCCCUCUUUGAACGACGCUCUUCACAGGGGUCCAGUAAUCCUGCCACAGUUGUAUGGUCUAAUGUUACGCUUCAGAAUCGGGAAAGUUGCCAUCAUAUCGGAUGUCGAAAAAGCCUUCCUGCAAGUUCGGCUCCAGGAAAGAGACCGAGAUGCAACUCGCUGUCUUUGGCUUCGGGAUCACAAGUCUCCACCUGAUCAAGAAAACAUUCUCAUUCUUAGAUUUACUCGAGUAACGUUUGGGCUGCUUUCUUCACCUUUUCUUCUGGCAGCGACAACACACUACAACCUUGACCAAUACGAGAACGACAGCAUCCUAGUCAAAGAAAUCAAAGAAAACCUCUAUGUCGAUAACCUUCUUCUAACAGCUGAUACGGUAGAAGAUGCCGUCAAAGUGUAUUCGUGUACUAAAGAGAUGUUUAACGCUCCCAACAUGAACAUUCGAGAGUUCGUCUCAAAUGAACAGGACCUCAUGUCUGCAAUAGCGAGUCACGAUAAGUCAGCUGAAUUAACCGAAAGUUCUAGGGAUUAA